AUGUCGAUCCUCGGUCGCAACCUGGUCCGCUCUCCACCACCCUUUGACGAAAACUCUCUGCCACCAGCGACGGCACACCUUCAACUACCUCAGACCCCCGUCCCCCGGGUCCAAACUCCCGACCAAGUUGACCGCGAUUUUGACGACUGGACGGUCCGAACGGUCGCUGUACCGACCGCGACCAACACCUCAGCAGCGCCAACGCCCGAACUGGAGCCAAUCCAACUCCCACCUAUUCUGAAGCAAGACAGCGACCCGUUCGCUACCCCUCCCACUACGCUCCUUACGCCCAUCAAUGCCGAUUCCCACAGUGCGGAGACAAGCACAAAUCCCAUCCUCUCCGGAAUGCUGGCACCGCGGGCACCUCCCCUUACUCCUGGGUCACCUCCUCCCAAGGCCCACGGGGCUAACUCCGAGUUUGACUUUGAGAGCGUGCUCAAUGUCGACCUCCAGGGCAACGCCAAGAAGGCAGAGUCGUUUGCGGUUCCCACAGACACGUAUCCGGUACCCACAAUCACUGCCACAGCGGCUACGACAGGGCCGGCGAGUGUUGGUCACAGCAACGGGCCGGUCAACAUCGCCAAUGACCUACAAGCCGUCUACUCCAUCUUGGUGGACAUGCACGCCCGCAGCCAUGCCCACCACGACACCCAAAUGCAAGCCAACAUCAACAUUGCCCACCGUAUUGACGCGCUUGCCGCCAUUGUCACCCUCCAGCCGGGCCCCUCCUCACCUCCAGGUGCGGUAGACAUGCGCAUCGCGCCCCUGGUAGCCGACGUUCGUGAUGCCCGGGACCAGCUCCUUGCGAUCCUUGGGCGACUCGAGGCGACCAAUGGUGGGCGGUAUGGCUGGGGUUCAUCCAACCAUGGCCAUGGUUACGAUUUUGAACAUGUUCAAACUUCCUUUGAGAGGUUGACCUUUGAGAAUCAUAGACUCCAGGCCCAGUACGAAAGUCUCCGGCUCGACUAUGAUGACCUGCAGCACGAGUAUGACGCUUUCAAGGUGGCUCAGCGCCAGAACAUUAUCAGUCCUGUAUCGGAAUCGGUAGAGGAUCGUCAGCACCAGAUUGUCAACUUGCCGGGUGGGCAAGCGCAACCGCCUCAGACCAACAGCAACACGCAGAGGAAUGGUGUACAGAGACGCAAGUGGUGGAGACUGUGGCGCAAGUAA